AACGCUCCCUUCUCUAUCCAACUCUGAGACAGUCGCCUCCUCCUGGCCACUGGAAGCGAUCAUGGCGGCCACUCGCUCUCUCUUCUUAAACCCUAAACCCUAUCUACGCAGACUCCUUCGAUAUUCUCCCUUUUCCUCUCUCUCAUUCUCUGGUCCAGUAUCCUCCCGUCCCUUCAGACAACCAGAGCUAGGGUUAGGACUACGGCCAGAGUUGGGGUUUUUCGUCCGUUUCCGGCGAGUGCUCAGAGAAGCGUCCACCAGAAACGCCAGCAAACGGUUCGAUUUCUCCGAUUCCGAUGAAGAUGAUGACGACGAGGAACGAUCCGGGAAGGCGAAUACGAAGGAGAUGGACAAGAGCAAGCUUCCCCCUCCCUACGAUCCAUUUAGCAAGAAGCCCGUGGUGGAGGAUCCCGAGGACCCCAGUAACCUCCAGGAGAUCUUCCACAAGAUGAAGACCGAGGGCCUGACAUCUAACGCCAUCAAGAUGUUCGAUUUCCUCUCCAAGGACGGGCGGACGCACGAGGCGCUGGAGCUCUUCGCCGUCAUCAAGGACAAAGGAAACAUGCCGGACGUCGUCGCGCACACGGCCGUCAUCGAGGCCUACGCGAACGCCGCCCAGUCCAAGGAGGCGCUCAAGACGUACAUGAGGAUGCUCGCCUCCGGCGUCAGGCCGAACGCUUAUACCUAUCACGUUCUGAUCAGGGGACUGGCGAAGGAGGGCCGGCUGGAGGACUCGAAGAAGCACGUGAUGGAGAUGCUGGGGCAGGGUAUCCAACCGUGCGCCGCGACGUAUGUGCCGGUGUUCGAGGCGUUCUGUCGGGAGCAGAAGGCGGACGAGGCGCGGGAGCUGCUGGAGCAGAUGAAAGCCAAGGGGUUCCGGCCGGACGAGUCGACCGCCAGGCCGCAGUUGAGCAAGAGAGGCCAGGUAUUCCGAAGCGUCUUGGACGUUCUUUUUGGUAAAUGAUCACCAAUUUUCGUUCUUUGGAAUGAGGAGGGCGUGCGUCUUCUGGAAAGAUGGGGCAAGGAAGACUCUGCUCGUUUCUGGGAGUUUUGGUAAGUGGAUUGUUGCCUGUAGCAGUGUAGGGUAGUUCCCACCUCAGAUUGUAUACCGAAAAUCUGCCGGAGAUUUGGGUCGCCAAGUUGGUUAUUUCUUUCACCUGAGUUGGUGAGACUCUGUAAACCCGGCAUUGCUGUUGACAUGAACUAUGCCUGUGGAGAGAUGUCCUUGAGUUGUUCAGCUCCUGCUCUUGGCUCUUAUAUUGAAAUUUAUGAGCAAACUACUCCUGUAGACAUGGUCAUCACGAAUUCUGCUUUUGAAAGAGAUGACCAUUAUGAAUUUAUGAACGAACUUGCAAAGACGUAGUAAUCAGGAAUUCUGCUUUUCUUUUCUAAAA